GAACUCCACCUGGCAGUCGGCGAGGUCGGCGAGACGGUGAUGGAGGUGGCUGGGCACUUUAUGAAGCAGGGCUACCGGGUUGCGGCUGUCAAUGCAGCCUCUGCCUACCAGGUAGGUGGUGGCGCAAGCACUGGUGGACGUCAUGCUUUAGAGGAGGCCUGGUGCAUUAGCUCGACCCUCUACCAGUCUUUGGCCUCGGUGGAGCCUCAGAAAACAG